GCUUGUGCUGGAGCAUUCAUCGGUCAUGGCCCGAUUCUUGGAGACUGGUACCGUGCAGAAGAAUAUGCCGUUAGCAUUAUAGAGGAUUUGAACAAUUUCGUCACUGGCUGGACUGACUGGAACAUGUGCCUCAACGAGCGAGGCGGUCCAAACUUUGUUGACAAUUUUGUCGAUUCACCUAUCAUUGUGAACGCGACAUCGGAUGAGUUUUACAAGCAACCAAUGUUUUACGCAAUGGGACAUUUC